AUGGUCUCUGCCAUGAUCUAUGCGGUCUGUGCUUGUGCAGUAGUAGCGCUGAUUUUUUUAAAGGGCGGGCGGAGACGAGCUUCGCCUCUCCCACCUGGCCCUGCAGCGCAUCCCAUUAUAGGACAUCUUCUCAAGUUUGAUCCCGCCCACCAGUAUGAGUUAUUCCGGAGAUGGGCGAAUGACUACGGAGAUCUAUUUCAUCUCCGGAUUCUGGGACAAACCAUGAUUAUCGUGAAUUCCUUGAAUGUUGCUACUGAACUCAUGGAGAAGCGAAGCUCCAACUACAGUGAUCGGCCUGAUUGCACAACCAUUGAAAUGAUGGGUUACGAAAUGAACCUCGUGCUACUGCGAUACGGCCCGAAAUGGAGGAAGCUCAGGAGGAUGUUCCAAGAGUACCUGAACAGUAGAAUGUCUCCUGUGUAUCAAGCAACUCAACUCAGAGAAGCGCACGUCGUGCUCAACAAAUUGCUGGUGGCACCCACCGAGAUUCGUUCCGCAACUCACAGGUUUGCCUUAGCCACCGCCUUGGAGGUUGCUUAUGGAAUUCGCAUAUUAUCUGAUGAUGACGUCAACAUCGAGCUCGCUGAGGCUGCCAUUGGCGGUGUGGAAGAAGCUACGGCAGGAGUCUCGCUGAUAGACAUGUUUCCCUUCCUGAAAGAUGUGCCGCAUUGGUUGCCGGGAUGCUCAUUUUUAACCACCGUACCUCGUUACUGGCGUCCAGCGACUCGAAGGAUGAUCGAAGUGCCGUUCAAUAACGUGCGGAGACAAAUGGCUGCUGGGGUUGCGCCGCCAUCGUUCGCGGCUUCCCUCUUGGAACGUCUCGAUGUCAACAAUGUCGGCGUGGAAGACCUCAAAGAUAUUGAAGGUGCUGCUUCAACUGUCCAUUCAGCCGGGACUGAGACGACAUGGUCAUCUUUGCAACUUUUCUUCCUUGCGAUGAUGUUAUUCCCAGAGGCGCAACGUAAGGCUCAAGAAGAGAUCGCCAGAGUUGUUGGUGUCAAUCGACUCCCGGACUUCAGUGACCGUGAAGCGUUGCCCUAUCUGGAGUGUGUACUGCAGGAGACGAGCAGAUGGCAUCCAGCCGUACCUUUGGGUAUACCUCAUCGAAGUCUCCACGACGACGUCUACAACGGGAUGUUCAUCCCAAAGGGUUCGUUCAUCAUUCCCCACGUUACUGCAAUGAGUCGGGAUGCGAAGGUAUACAAGAACGCCGAUGACUUCUAUCCGGAGCGAUUCCUUCCUGCGCCCGCCGGCUACGGCGAGCCACACCUGAGCGCCGCCUUUGGGUUUGGCAGGCGGAUCUGCCCUGGCAGACACCUUGCCGGCAACAGCACAUGGAUCGUAGCAGCGACAGUGCUCGCCGCCUUCACUAUCAACAAACCAAUCGGGAAAGACGGCCAGGUGAUCGAACAGAAGAUAGAGUUCCUGACGGGAGGACAGACAAGCCCUCCGAAGCCUUUUGAAUGCGUCGUUCGGUCGCGGUCAGAUAAGAUGGUGGAGGUGAUCAUGCAGUUGUCUGAUUGA